AUGAUACACAACAUUCCCCAGCCAGUUCUGGAACAGGAAUUGACGAACCAUAUCAGCAAAGAUCCCAAUAUCCUGCUGGUGAAGGGGUUUAGUAUACAUGCAGUCGACCAGACUGACAGCGAGGUCCUUGCAACGAUCGAAGACCGAACUACUGGGAAUUUGCACCAGGUCAAAUCACGGCAUCUGAUAGCCUGUGACGGUCGCAAGAGCAAAGUCCGCGAGCUUCUAGGCAUCGAGUCUGAGAGCGAAGACUCUGAUCAGACCAUGAUGACAAUUCACUUCAACGCCAAUCUGCGACCGGUUGUCGGCGAUCGCGUCGGUAUGUUGUACUGGAUCAUGGAUCCAAUAGCCGCAGGCUUCAUUAUUGGAUAUGACCUCGACGGGGCCCAGGUGCACAUCAGUCAAGUAGAUGUCAAGCAGCAUCCAGUUGAGUCAUGGACGGAGGAGUUGUGUCGGGCCAAGAUCCGCGGUGCGAUUGGGAAGGAAGAUGUUCCAUUCGAUAUUCUCAGCUUUCGGCCUUGGGUCUUCCGAAGACAGGUUGCGCACACCUUCCAAGAGGGAAAUAUCUUCCUUGCCGGUGAUGCCGCCCACUCCUUUCCACCAACUGGCGGACUUGGUCUGAACUGUGGUCUUGCGGAUGUCCAUAACCUGGCAUAUAAGAUCGCCCUGGUACAUCGGGGAGUGGCUCGCCCUUCUAUAUUAUCGACGUACACAUCCGAGAGACGCGGUGUCGCAGACUCGUACUCCCGACAGAGCGUCAAGAACGGCAAAGAGAUCUUCGCUCUUCUGCAGAGUCUGAAAACGGCAGGCGUGGAAGAUGUUGCUCAGGCACGCAAAAAUAUGGCAGAUGCGUUGGCGGAUCCAAUCCAGCAUUCCAACGUUGAAGCGGGUAUUGAGGGACAGCGCGAGCAUUUCGAUAAUCUUGAGCUCCACAUUGGAUAUGUAUAUGGGGCCCUCAAGCCACCUCCACACGCAUCACAUUACUCGCCCAAGUUUGUGGCUGGAGCACGCUUGCCCCAUGCGUGGGUGAAGAUUCUCGAUCAGCCCGUAUCGACGGGAAAGACGGACAAGUAUGAAGCACUUCCGCAAGAGCCUAUUGAUGUCUCUUAUGUGAGGGAACUCGAAAAGAGAGAAGUAGAGUCUCGUCAAUGGAGCACUUUAGAUCUCUGUGGCCCGGACUCUUGGACCCUCAUUGUUGGACGUGACCAGCCAACCUCGCAGGCUUUGAUAUUGAACGAGGGCUGCGAUUCCAUUGGUGUCAAUCUCAACAUCUGGAGCCUUGGUGUUGACUUCGAGUUUGAAGGAGUGGAAGGAGUCCAAGUGUUUGAGGAUGAGUUGGUCGAGCGUGGGGGUGUCCUAGUGCGCCCUGAUCAGCAUAUAUUGGCAAGGGUUUCUCUUGGUGAAGAGGAGGAAACACUUCAAAAUGUGAAAGCACACCUUGCUGUUUGA